AUUUGUGAUCUGCGGUGAGUGGGAAAUGCGCUGGUCGUGAAAAACUGUGUUUUAUUUGUUGCUAGUCCCCACAGUUGCGCCCAUUUCCGAGCGAUCUUGAAAAGCCUUCACGGCCGGCAGACAGACGUCAUGCAGAACGACGCUGGUGAAUUCGUGGAUCUCUACGUGCCCCGCAAAUGUUCUGCUAGCAACAGAAUUAUUGGUGCCAAGGAUCAUGCCUCUAUCCAGAUCAACAUUGCUGAGGUUGACAAGGCCACCGGCAGGUUCAAUGGACAGUUCAAGACCUAUGCCAUCUGCGGUGCUAUUCGUAGAAUGGGUGAGGCUGAUGACUCUCUUUUGAGGCUGGCAAAGAAUGACUCUAUUGUGUCAAAGAACAUCUAAGUUUGCAGAUGGACUUGAGGAGUUUCUUUGUAAAAUAAAACACAAAAUGAA